AUGGUGCUUAGUUUGAUUGGGCCACUUGACGAUCCGCAUGUACACCGUGUGCUUCUUGUCGCGGCGUAUGCUGGCACGAGGCUGAAGGUGGUCCCUGUCACAAUUGGUAAGGAGAAUGAGACGGAAAGUUACCGCCGUAAUUGUCAUCCACUUGGCCGUGUGCCGGUGCUGAAGUCCGACGAGGGAUAUCUCUUCGAGACAAACGCCAUCAUACGCUACCUUGCACGCACGGAGCGCCUGUACGGGUUGGACGGCAGCGAGCGCCACCCCUCACCACAGCAUUUAGUGCCGUACAUUCUUUACGGGAAGAGUGUACAGGAGGCGGCGGAGGUGGAUGCGUGGCUGGACUUUGUUGUGACGGAACUCGACCCGCACAUCCUGCCACUUAUUGCGAUGGAAAAGGAGGAGAAGACGCUGAAGAGAAACCCGAGAGGAGAAGACGCAGGCGCCAAGGCACUGCCGCUGCAGCCGAGGGUGGAUGCCCUGCAUGAGGGACUGAACGGCCUCGAGCAGCGGCUUGUUUUCAAGAAGCAGCUACGGAAACUCCAGGCGACGGGUGGUGGAGGCGGCAACAACCCCGUCAGUGCUCGCACGGGAAACAUGGAGGAGGUGGAUGAGGGGCUUUCGGAAGAGGAGUACUGGCUUGGGGUAACGCCGCGGGGAAGCUCCGUCCUGCGUGGGUACCACACAUACAACAUUAAAACCCAGCUGGAAGACCCCAAUCAAAUCAACAGCGCGAGAGAAAUCGCAUCAAAUAACGAGGGCGCCGCUCAUGAGGGUGGCGGUGUGCCGUAUUUGUCGGCUCAUUUUGUAUUGUCAUCACCACGGCCAUCGACGCAAGCGUCACGCUUCUCUAUGCAUACGCCACGACGGAGCGCCCCUGCAGCCAGCGACAUGCUUUUUCUUGUUGGUGACUCUCUGACCGCGGCGGACCUUGUUGUGUCGCUCGCUAUAAACCAGGCCUUAUUGCUGAAGCAAUUGUGUACAACACUGAAGCAACGGUACCCGCAGGUCGUUCGCUACCAUUGCAGUAUUCUGCGACUGCCUGUUGCAGCGCAGUUACGAAAGGCUCUGGGAAUAAAUAUUUUGUAG